AAGUCCUCACGGCCAGGCUCUUCGCCCCCGGAAUCGUCGGGGUAUCGAAAUACCCUACGAAGCCUUGCGGUUGCCAUGGAAUAGGUGGUUGAUCUAAUGGGGUUGAGUCGAGAAGGUCCGCCGGAGGAGAAGGCGGAGGAAGUUUGUCUUGUUUGGUAGUUUCCCGUGAACCACCGGCGAUGGUUAUCAUCGCCCAUCGCUCGUCCGCCCCCCAACCAACCUCUUUUCACGCUCUUUGCCGCUCUCACAUACACCCCACUCCCCCUCCCGGGCGUUCACCCUGACAUGUAUAUGACACGAAGCGUCUCGAGGCGGGCUGGAGUCCCACGACUCCCUAAAUACGGCAGCCAGACUUGCACUCGUCGCAAUCUGAUUCCAGCCCCACGCUCCAAUUCGGGUCCUCUCAUGGAACGACGAGCAGACCGAGAACUUCCUGCCGUGAACUCAGAGCGACGUUGGUUGCGGACGCUCCCAGUCUUCGCGGUCGUGGUAGGUGCUGCGAUGCUCGGCAUCUUCAACUACCAAAAGUCGUCGUCGAGCGUGGUCAAUAGUACCCUUUAUGCUCUUCGCACCUCGCCCCGUGCCCGGGAAAUCCUAGGAGACGAGAUUUAUUUCGCCCAGAAGAUACCCUGGAUCAGCGGGGAAAUGAAUCAGCUACAUGGACGCAUUGAUAUCUCGUUUUGGGUCAAGGGGACCAAAUCCCAAGGCCGGAUGAGAUUCCGAAGCCUAAGGCCGGACCGAAUGAGUUACUUUCGUACCGAGGAAUGGAGCUUGGAGACGGAGAAUGGAACGGUUGUGCAGUUACUUGAUGAUGGUAGCGACCCGUUUCAGCAAAACGAUUGAAUGAGUCGCCAGGACCUUGAGCUGCUCAGGUCUGCACAGCUGCCUUGAGAUCCCUAGUUCGUACGUCUAAAAGGAAUUUUUGCAUAUUGUUGGGCGUUUCCGAGCAUGUGAUCAUUGGAUAUUCUUGUUCUGCUCUCGUCCUCCCCUCCAUCUCUCUCUCUCUCUCUCUCUCUCUCUCAUUUCGUCAGCUCCUUUACGGCUACCUGAAAGGAUGGUCCUCUUCUCCCCCCCUUCUAACAGGAGUGCUUGGUCUCGUUCGCAAUCGUCGUGGAUAUCGCCUUGAUGGGCCCACUAAAACGGAAGAAACAGGGAAGGGAAAGAACCGGAUGGUUGAAAAAAAGGAUAUCAUUUAUGUAUAGUAUAUACCGCCGCUCUGGAUAAAAUAAUCAAAUAAUAGUACAUUUCCG